AUGAGGUUUGUAGUUGUGUGCAUCAUUCUUGGUCUUUUAUUUAGUACCAAUGAAUGUCUAAGUCAACCAACAGAUGUUGUAAGAUUGUGGUUGCAUGAAUGUCAACGAGUUUAUGGGGAUAAAUUAACUGAAGAGAAGGAUAUAGAUGCUUUCUCAAAAUUACAGCUAGAUGUUUUUAAGAAAAACUAUGAGGAAAUUGACGAAUCAGUUGUCCUGGAAAAACCAAAUAUUUAUUGUCAUUUUGCUGGAGGAAUUGGUGAACCUAAGUACAUGCCAGUAAAAAAGUGGAUCAAUUUAACAAAACUGCUAAACGAGGCUAUGGCUAGUUAUAACGAUUUGGUAGCAGCAAUGAAUUUGGUUCUUUUCGAAGAUGCGAUGAUGCACAUAUGCAGAAUUAACAGAAUAUUAGAAUCUCCACGUGGAAGCGCAUUACUAGUUGGAGUCGGAGGGAGUGGAAAACAAUCUUUAUCAAGAUUGGCAGCCUUUAUAUCAUCUCUAGAAGUUGCUCAGAUACAACUUAAAAAAGGAUAUGGAGUACUGGACCUUAAAAAGGAACUAUCUUCUUUAUACCUGAAAAGUGGUUUAAAAAAUGUUGGAAUAAUGUUUUUAAUGACGGACGCGCAGGUUCCCAAUGAGCAGUUUCUUGUAUUAAUUAAUGAUAUGCUAGCAUCCGGAGAAAUUCCAGACAUGUUUCCAGAUGAUGAAAUCGAAAAUAUCAUAGCUGGCGUUCGUAAUGAAGUUAAAGGAGCUGGAAUGUUGGAUACACGAGAAAAUUGCUGGAAAUUUUUCAUAGAUCGUGUAAGAAGACAAUUAAAAGUGGUACUUUGUUUCUCUCCAGUAGGUUCUACUCUUCGAGUUAGAGCCAGAAAGUUUCCGUCAUUAAUUAAUUGUACACAAGUCAACUGGUUUCAUGAAUGGCCACAAGAAGCGUUGGUAUCUGUUGCUUUACGAUUUUUGGAGGAUAUUGAUGUUUUACCAGUCGAUUUGUAUGACUCUUCAGCCCGUUUUAUGGCCUAUGCGCAUACUUCUGUAAAUGCAAUUUCAAAAGUAUUUCUGCAAAACGAAAGAAGAUACAAUUAUACAACACCUAAAUCUUAUUUAGAACAAAUCAACCUAUAUUCUAAAUUAUUACGUCAAAAAUCAGAAGAACUUAGACAGAAAGUACUAAGAUUGGAGAAUGGUUUAGAUAAGCUUAGAAGCACAUCUGUUCAAGUUGACGAAUUAAAGAAAAAACUAGCAAUACAGGAGAUCGAACUCAAAGAAAAAAAUGAAGCUGCCGAUAGAUUAAUUGAAAUAGUUGGUGUGGAAACAGAGAAGGUUUCCAUAGAAAAGAAUUUGGCAGACGAAGAAGAAGAAAGGGUUGCAGUUAUAGCGGAAGAAGUUAGUAAAAAACAAAAAGACUGCGAGGAAGAUCUACUAAAAGCAGAACCAGCUUUACUAGCUGCCCAAGAGGCUUUAAAUACGUUGAAUAAAGCAAAUUUAACUGAGUUAAAGUCGUUUGGUUCUCCUCCAGGAGCUGUAACCAACGUUACUGCUGCUGUAAUGGUACUUUUGUCACCUGGUGGUAAAGUUCCUAAGGAUAGAAGUUGGAAAUCUGCUAAACUGAUGAUGGCGAAAGUAGAUACUUUCCUUGAUUCUCUUAUUAAUUAUGACAAAGAGAAUAUUCACCCUGAGUUGCAAGGUAUAAAAUGGAUAAAACAAAGAUACGGAGACGAUCUAAGAGUUAUUCGAUUAGGACAAAAGAGCUAUUUAGACGUUAUUGAAAGAUGUAUAACAGAAGGAGCAAUAGUAUUAUUGGAAAAUAUUGAAGAAAAUUUAGAUCCAGUGUUAGAUACUUUGCUUGGAAGAUACCUUAUUAAAAAAGGAAAAGCUAUUAAAAUAGGAGACAAAGAAAUAGAAUACAAUCAAAACUUUCGAUUAAUUCUUCAUACAAAAUUGGCAAACCCCCAUUAUAAACCGGAAAUGCAAGCACAGGCGACUUUGAUUAAUUUUACAGUAACCAGAGAUGGGCUAGAAGAUCAACUGCUUGCUGAAGUUGUUAAAGCCGAAAGACCAGAUUUGGAGGAAUUAAAGGCUGAUCUUACUAAGCAACAAAACGAUUUUAAAAUCAUUCUGAAGUCAUUAGAAGAUGAUCUACUAUCGAGAUUAUCAUCUGCUGGAGGUAACAUCUUAGGUGACACCACUUUGGUUGAAAAUUUAGAAACUACAAAACGUACAGCUGCUGAAAUAGAACAAAAAGUAGCAGAAGCGAAAAUUACAUCUGUGCAGAUAGAUCAAGCUCGAGAACAUUAUAGACCAGCUGCAGCUAGAGCUAGCUUGCUAUACUUUAUACUAAACGAAUUGAAUACUAUAAAUCCAAUUUACCAAUUCUCGUUAAAGGCCUUCAGUGUAGUAUUUCAAAAAGCAAUCUCAAGAGCAGAUCAAGCCGAAGAUGUCACGACAAGAGUAAACAAUUUAAUAUCUUGCAUUACUUUUUCCGUCUUUCAAUAUACUACGAGAGGACUAUUUGAAUGUGAUAAACUAAUUUUUGCUUCCCAAAUGACUUUUCAGGUCAGUACAAAUAUUACUAAUAUUAAUAAUAAUAAUUGUACUUAA